CAAUCAUUGUUUUUAGAUUAUUUAAUAACAAUCGGGAAGUAAUUCAUUUCAUAACAAUUCUCAGUAACACGAAAAGUGUAAACAGAUGUUAUUAAAAACAACUUAACCCACCGAGACGCAUUUUAUUUAGAUAAACAUGCAUUUCUACACUAUUUAGGCAUUAAAUAGACGACAACAAGUAAAAACAAAUAUGGCUGACUAUCACAUCAGGGAAGCGGCUGAAUCCCUUCUGUGUAGUGUUUCAAGCCCACCAUAUAGAAAUACAAGUCAUUCUCAGUCCGUAAACCUGAUGUCUGAGGACCUGGUGGCGGGUUACAGGCCGCCCGGGAAGAUGUCUUCUGUACGCAGAUUCUUUUGUUUAUUCGUAACCUUCGACAUACUCUUCACGAGCCUGAUGUGGUUGAUAUGUGUCAUGAUGAAAGGCGAAUCGUUAAUACAGAUAUUCAACAGAGAAAUAAUCCAUUACGAUAUUAAAAUAUCUCUAUUCGACAUAGUUAUAGUCGCAGUACUGAGGUUUCUAUUGUUAAUAGUAUUUUACGCCAUAGUGUAUAUUAAUAAUUGGAGUGUUAUUGCGCUCUCAACAAGCGGAACUUGUGCCUUCUUAAUAGGAAAAGUGUUUGUGUACGAUUGGCCGAACGCAUCACAGCCAGUGUACCAAGUCUUCCUAAUACUGACCUCCUUCACCAUCGCGUGGGGUGAGGCAUGGUUUUUGGACUUCAGGGUCCUCCCGCAAGAGCUGCAAGCCAAGCAGAUCUUGGAGACAAUGGUUAGUCAAAGCACAGAGAGGACCCCUCUCUUGGGCCCACAGAGGCCACACCGUGUCCAGUCAACGCACGGCGAGUCGACGGUCAAUUGGUUCUCUCCCGUCGAGACGCCGGAAUCGAGUCCCCGCCCAAAACGACCUGGUGACGUCAUUCUCACACAAGACCAGAUAGAUGAAUACAAGCAAAUGGCAGAGGAAGGCAUGCAGAACGCAUGGAGGACGAUCAACCUUCCAGACUGGAAGCUGGAGAAACGAGGCUCGCAGAAGGGCGACAUAGUCGAGUCGAAACAGUGCGAACAAUUCGGCAAAGUUUACAGAUUUACGGGUAUAGUCGACUGUCCGGCCAAGUUCCUGUUUGAAGAAUUCAAAAAUAACAUCACAAAGUUACCCGAAUGGAACCCUACCAUAUUAAAGAGUGAAUUGAUUAAGGAGAUCGGCCCCGGCAUCGACCUGUCGUACCAGGUGACGGCGGGCGGCGGGCGCGGGAUCAUCGCCCCGCGGGACUUCGUCAUCCUGCGACGUCUGGCGCCGCUGGGGCCUGACGGGCGGGUUGUGGAGGCUGGUGACGCCACCUGCUACAUCACUAGUGGGGUCAGCGUGGCCGUGCCCGGGUACCCACCCGCCAGAGAUAUGGUCAGAGGUCACAAUAAAGUGGGUUGUUGGUGUCUCACCCCCAAAGCCGUGGAGGAGGGCGGGAAGGUUGUGCAGCGCACCGUGUUCCAGUGGCUGAUGUGUUGUGAUCUUAAAGGUAAAAUACCUCAAUUCGUCCUGGACGCAGCGUUCGCAACAGUAAUGUUGGACUACAUAGUGCAUGUUAGAAAAUUCGCAGCGGAUAGCAAAGCAAAGGGUCUAUUUUAAUACGAGAAUUAUCUCAGACGCACAUACGCAACACAUACGGACGUUCCAUCUUGAUUGGCAUUUUACUGGCAAGAAUGGCAGCCACUAUAAAAAAGUAGUGUAAUUAUAGCUAUAAGAAUAAUAGUUCAUAAUGUGUAUUGGCAGCGUUUUGGCAAUGUGAGAAUGCCUUCAAUUGCCAGUAUAUGAUAACAGAUGUCAGUCUACCAUCAAGUGGUGUUGUUAGAUUAAUUGAAUUACCGUUACUAACUCAUUGGCAUCGCUAUAAUAAUUGUCUCUCUAUAUACGAUUACUUUAGGUUUAAGUGUUAUGGAAACAGCAUUCAGUAAUAUUUAAAGCCUGUAUACAUUAAAACAUAAUUUACGAUAUUUUUUUAAGUAUAUUACACAUAGAUUCAUAAGAGAGGCAUCAAAGAUCCGUUGUUUAAAAUAAGAUGACGUUUUUAAUACAAUUAAUAUUAUAAUAAAUUUUAUACAUUAGGAAACAUUACAUUUCAAAAAUCAAAUUCAAAAUAUACUUAAUUCAAAUAGGCUUUUACAAACACUUUUGAAACGUCAUUUA